AUGGAUACCCGUAGAAAGUCAAUAAGAACCGGAGCUAUAGUGAUGUUAGGGCGGCCAAUAUUUAGAAGGAUAUCAAGAGUCAACCGCUGCAGGUUUUUUUCAGAUGUACCAGAUAAUGCACCUGGCGCUAUUGAUAAUGAGAUAUGGCUGCAAGAGCUAGCGAGCAGCCGAUCUAAGCAAAAGGCUCCAACAGCAGCCGUCGAAUCAACUCAGAACUUGUCAAUAAAGGAAGAGAAGAAGACUUCUGUUCAACCAAUGAAGGGAUUAAGGAAUAAGAUUACAUUCAAUAUUAUAUCGACGCCGCCAGAUACGCAAUACAUCGAAAUCAAAUCGCCAUUGUCAAACUUCACCAAGCUAUCAUACCUACAAAAGAAUAAGAACAUACGAGUUCAACAGUCGAACUUUGUUGACUUGAGAAUCAUCAAGUGUGCUUCAGGUAAUGGCGGUGACGGAUGUAUUUCGUUUUUUAGAGAUAGAGGGCGCGCCAUUGGUCCUCCAGAUGGAGGAGACGGGGGCGGUGGUGGGUCUGUGUACGUUCAGGCCAUAGAAGGAAUUAACAGUCUCUCAAAACUUCAGACUACAUAUAUCGCAGAUAAUGGUUCUAAUGGUACUUCUGCUCAGGCAGAUGGAUCGAAAGGUAAAGAUGUAAUGAUUACAGUUCCGGUCGGGACGGUGGUAACAUGGUGCUUGGAUCCCAAAGUUGUGAGAGAGCAUGUAGACCAGAAAAUUAAAGAACAGGGAGGAGGAUCAUUGAGAACCAUAUUGGACACUUCCAAUAUCAUCUUGAAUUGUACAGGCAGAUUUUACAUGGAUCAGAAACCAAACCGUAUUCAAAUGUUCAGAGAAUCUUACGAACCUGGAAAAGGUUGGAUCUUUAAGGGUAAAGAUGAAGAAUAUCAUUUAUCAAAAGACUGGUUUCAAGACCUUUCCAAAAAUGUAACAGAAUAUGAUCAUAACUUACUACAAACGGAGCUUGAAUCUGAUAGAUUCCCAUUAUAUGGAUUGGAUUUGAGUAAACCAACUGAGAAACCAAUCUGUUUGCUAAAGGGUGGUAAAGGGGGUCUAGGUAAUAUGCAUUUCUUAACCAGCUUGAUCAGAAACCCAAGAUUUUGUAAAGAGGGUAGGAGUGGACUUCAACAACAUUUUAUGUUUGAAUUGAAAAGUAUUGCUGAUCUGGGACUUGUUGGACUACCAAAUGCCGGGAAAUCUACUAUUUUAAACCAGAUUUCUAAUGCUACUCCUAGAGUAGGCCAUUGGGAAUUCACUACGUUACACCCAACGAUUGGAACAAUCUCACUUGGGAUUGACAAACCGAAGUUCACAGUUGCAGAUAUUCCGGGAAUUAUUAAAGAUGCCUCUCAGGACAAGGGAAUGGGUCUUGAAUUUUUAAGACACAUUGAACGUUCCAAAGGUUGGGUUUUCGUGAUCAGUCUUGAAAAGGAUGAUCCAUCUCAAGAUUUACAAAUACUUAUUGAAGAAGUGGGUGGCAAAGAGGUUGUAUCAUUGAAGAAUAUUCUAGUGGUUUGUAAUAAAGCUGAUAUCGAUGAGAAAUCUACAUUUAAGAAGUAUCAGAAAAUCCAAGCCCAAUGCCAAGAAAACAACUGGGAUGUCGUACCAAUAAGUGCUCUCAAAGGAGAAAAUAUUGAUGUACUCCUGCAUAAAAUGGCACAAUGUGCUGGUAAACUGUAG